UUUCGAGCCCGGGACGUCAGAAAUUUCUCAUAAAGCCACAGAAACAAGUCAACCUGUUCGUAUGUGAAAGCGAGAGUGAGGAGUGGGGAUGCGAAGGGCAAGUCGUUUGCCCCUUGCCUCUGUGGUGAGGUCCCUGUUAAGGGUCCCAUGCAGGCCGAGCAGCCGAGAGGGCAGACCCCCAGCUCCCCUGGGGGCGAGGAUACUGACCAACCCUGACCACAUCUUCCAGCAUAACAUGUGGGAUCAUGUUCAGUGGUCCGAGGAGGAUAAAGAGAAUGCAAGACAGAAGGUGGAGAAAAAUUCCAGCGUAAGGAUCCCGCCAGAGGAACAAGUGAAUUAUGACAGAAAUGCACAUUUGUACUGGGAUGGGUUUUACGAGAUGCAUCAGGACAAGUUCUUCAAGGAUCGGACCUGGCUGUUCCAGGAGUUUCCCGAGCUCCUGUCCGCCGGGCCCGGUCCGCCCUGUGGGGGGGCAUCCAUACCUCAGCUGAGGGGCACAGCCGAGGGCGAGAGCCCGGGCGGCCGUGAGGGCGGGGGGAGGAGAGAGGGGGGGGAGACGGGGAGCCAGGCCGACGCUUUCCCCGGCAGUGAGGCAGACUUCAGGAUCUUAGAGGUCGGAUGCGGCGCGGGCAACAGUGUGUUUCCCAUCCUCAGUUCCAUUAACUCCGGGACGUUCCUCUACUGCUGCGACUUCUCCCCACGCGCCGUCCAGCUGGUCAAGGCCCACCCUGCCUACGACCCGUCUCUGUGUCACGCCUUUGUUCAGGACGUCUGCGAGGAGGCCUCCCUCUUUCCCUUUCCACCCGGGAGCCUCGACAUCAUCCUGCUGGUCUUCGUUCUCUCCUCCAUUCACCCUGAACGAAUGCAAGGAGUUCUGAAUCGGCUCAGCCAUUACCUCAAGCCUGGAGGGCUGUUCCUGUUUCGAGACUAUGGCAGAUACGACUUGUCGCAGCUUCGGUUUAAAACAGGCCGCUGCUUGUCUGAGAAUUUCUAUUCCCGCGGAGAUGGAACCUGUGUUUAUUUCUUCACAAAAGAUGAAGUGCAUAGUUUAUUCACCAGCGCCGGGUUGAAGGAAGUCCAGAACCUGGAGGACAGGCGUCUGCAGGUGAACAGGCGGAAGAAGGUGGUGAUGCGCCGUGUGUGGAUGCAGAGCAAGUACCAGAAACCCCUGUGACCUCCGCCCCUCUCACGGAGGGCCCAACCCUGCACCGGGAGCUCUUCACCGGGACAGGGAUGAGGGCUCAGAGGAUCGGACCGCUAUGACCGCGGGACAGACUGAGCAAUGCUUCCUGGGUCAGAGGUCAGGACUAGGACAGCAGCUGCAGUCCAAUGCAUGUCUGUAACAGGCGAGAGUGGUGCUCAGGUACCAGGCUGGUCAUGUGCAUGUCCAUAGCACUGCACAACAUGGGAGAAAGUCUCUUCCACUGCAGU